AUGGAAAUGAAACUUUAUCCGUGCGAUGUAUGUGACAAGUGGUUCUCUACAAGUAGUACUUUGACGGCACACAAGCGAACACACACUGGCGAAAAACCGUACGCAUGCGAUAUAUGCGACAAGUCGUUCUCCGUAAGUAGCAAUUUGACGGCACACAAGCGAACACAUACUGGCGAAAAACCGUACGCGUGCGAUAUAUGCGACAAGUCGUUUUCUGUAAGUGGAAGUUUGACAAGACAUCGGCACACACACACGGGUGAAAAACCGUACGCGUGUGAUGUGUGCGACAAGUCGUUUAGGCAAAGUGGUCAGUUGAAGAUACAUUGUCGCAUGCACACUGGUGAAAAACCGUACGCGUGUGAUGUAUGUGACAAGUCAUUCAGUGAAAGUGGUAAAUUGACGAUACAUCGACGCACGCACACUGGCGAAAAACCGUACGCGUGCGAUGUCUGUGACAAGUCAUUCAAUGAAAGUGGAAGUUUGAAAAAACAUAGAUUCACACACACUGGCGAAAAACCACACGUGUGCGAUAUAUGCCACAAGUCGUUCACUUUGAGCAGAAAUGUGACAUUACACAAACGGACGCACAAGGGAUAUAUAAAAUAA